AUGCUCAAGGAGCUUGGGAUUCCCUACAAAGCCGUUGCCGUGCUCCUAGCCGAUGUCAAGAAGCCCGAAUACUCAGCGGUUAACCCCAACGGAUGUCCGCCAGCCAUCUACGACCCAAACACCGACCUAACCCUAUACGAGCCACAAAAUCAGCUUCCAGCCAGCAGUCCCGAGUCGUACGAAGCCAGGCAGUUCCUCUACUUCCAGGCGUCUGACCAAGGCCCCUACUAUGGCCAUGCAGCCUGGUUCAAAAAGUUCCACCAUGAGAAUCUGCCCAGCGCUCUCGACCACUACGUGAAGGAAGUUCACCGCGUCACGGGCGUCUGGGAGAAGGUUCUCUCAGAGAAGAACGUUUUUUCCAGCCAAGAUGUGCCGUGGCUCGUGGGAGGAAAGUACUCGGUUGCCGACCUCGCCUCCAUCUCCUGUCAAAACGUCAUAAGCAUCAUGUUUGACAAGACCGACUACAACCUCGAGAACUACCCGCAUGUCAAGGCUUGGAUGGACCGCAUCUUUGCGCGACUAGCCUUUUAG